GCCAGCAUGACAGCAUCAUCACCCCGUUAUCCAUAUUACUGUUAUUAAUAUUCCAUCAUAGACUAAUAUGAGAAGUUUGUGCGGCUAUGACAGCGUUUAGUCGAUUUUCUAGUUCCCUUCUUUCACGAACGAAGUAAAAACAUUGGUUUGCAGUAAUCGCAUCAGCCAUCACAACGGAUGGCAGGAUGCUAGAGUCAGACUAUUGUCAGUAUUGCCUAUCGUUUGUGUGUGAAAUACUCACUCAGUGACUCGCCAUGAAUCGUAAUAUGUCAGAUUCACAAUUCCAUCUGUCUUCGGCGACUAACUAUGGAAAAGGCCGAGUAAGGAAGAUGCAUAAUAAAUAUAACCAACCUGGCCAAGUGCACAGUCUACAGGAUAAGAAAACAAAAUCUGUAAUGAAUCAAUAUCAUAAGAUGCUGCGAAAACAGAAACAAGCAGAACUACGAUUAGGAGCCACCAAGCAGGAUAUGGAAAAACUUGCCCAGGAGGAAGUCCACACAAGUAAGAAAGAGAAAAGACUUGGGACCUUCAAGAAAGCGAUGGUAGAGUAUGAGAACAAGAUUGAAGAGCAAAGGCAAAAAAAGGAGGAUGCAGCCAGACAGAAGAAAGAAAAAGAAGAAGCAUUGAAGCACUAUAAAACCAAAAAGAUAGAAAGACAGAAGCAUCUAGGAAAGAAGACAAAGAGAGGGCAGCCCGUCCUGUCCGCACAAGUCGAGCACAUAUUGCAGAAGCUGCAGAGUCCGUCCUCUGAGCUGUCAUAGCUUUGGCCAGAAAGGCAUUUUAUCGGUAUAUAAAUAACAUUUCAUCAAUACACGUGCUGCGAGUACUUUACUCAGGUUACGAACUUGUGCACAUGCCUGGGCAAGUGGUUUCGUGGUCUUGAAUGUAGUGAGUUCGCAAGGCUGUAAUAGGUUUCCGUGGGAAUGUGGUAGCUACUUCACAACUUUUGCUGUUGGUAGAUGGCAGCACGGUGUAAGUGUAAAAUUCAUGCGUAUAGAGCGUUAUCAAGCGGGUGGUGGCGUCAAUGUUACGUAACCCUACUGCUGUUACCAGUCCGGCAGUGGAUUUACACUUUCCGGAAACGUCAAAUAUUGUCCACCUGCCAUACAUAAAACAUCGAUCUAAGAUUAAUAUGAUGGCUAUUUAUGUGUUGCUGCUCUUAUUGAUGCUGAUUCGUAGAAGCUCACUUCAUUCUGGUUCAUGUUUAUUGUGGUUACAAUAAACUGUAAUCUCUAUACUAAAAUCUGGGCAUUACUUGCAAUGUAACGAGAUUAAUCAUUAAUCGUUUAAAAAAUAUAAAGACAAAAUGUUUUGUUGAUUUUUAACUA